CUCAGUGUAGAGUAGAAAACGGACUGGAGAGCGAAGGAGAGGAGAGAGGUGAAAGAAAAAAAAAAAGCAGUGAAAUGGUGUAAAAGCUGAGCAAGUCCAAGCCGAGUCAGGGGACAAACGAGGAGGGACAGACGCAGGAGGAUUAUUGCUCUUUUGUGUAAUUAUUAAUAAAGUCAGUAAACUCCCGCUUUUUGAUGCUUUCCUCACGGAGGUUUGAGCCAAUAACGGACUUAUUGGUCGGCUGAACCAUGCAGAGGCUGCUGCUCCUGAGUUUGGCGUUGAGUUUUCAAACUGUGUGGACAGCGAGGUUCUCUCAGGAGCCGGCAGACCAGUCGGUGGUGCGGGGCCAGAGGGUGAUCUUGUCCUGUGUUGUCUUCAACUACUCAGGCAUUGUUCAGUGGACCAAAGAUGGCUUGGCUCUGGGCAUCGGCGAGGACCUCCAGGCCUGGCCCAGGUACCGCGUGCUGCGUGUGCAGGAGUUGGGCCAGUACAACCUGGAGAUCCUGUCCGCCGAUCUGUCUGAUGACUCCCUGUACGAGUGCCAGGCCCCUGACGCCGCCCUGAGGUCCAGGAGGGCCAAACUCACCGUCCUCAUCCCCCCAGACAACCCGGUGAUCGAUGGGGGUCCGGAGGUGCUGCUGAACGCGGGGGAGUCCUACAACCUGAGCUGUGUGUCUCGGGGGGCCAAACCGCCUUCUGUGAUCGAGUGGCUUAAAGAUGGUCUGCCUGUGGAGGGGGCUGCCAGUACCACUGAGGUGCUCGCAGACAGGAAGAGGGUGACCACGCGGAGCUACCUGCCCAUCCAGCCCGUCGACACCGACACAGGGAGGAACUACAGCUGUGUGGCCACCAACCUGGCUGUUCCCACCGGCAAAAGCACAACUGUCUCCCUCAACGUACACCAUUCACCGACAGUGACCUUGUCCAUUGAGCCUCGCUCUGUCCUGGAGGGGGACAGGGUCACUUUCACCUGCCAGGCCCACGCCAACCCUCCUAUUAUGGGCUACAGUUGGGCUAAGGGUGGCGUGGUGCUGCAGGGUGCCAGGGAGAGUGUGUUCACCACCAAGGCCGACCACUCCUUCUUCACCGAGCCUGUCUCCUGUCUGGUUUUCAACGCCGUGGGAAAGACCAACGUCAGCAUCCUGGUGGACGUUCACUUCGGUCCCAUUCUGUUGGUGGAGCCGCAGCCAAAGACGGUAGACGUCGACUCUGAUGUCACGCUCAACUGCAAAUGGGCCGGAAACCCUCCGCUCACACUCACCUGGUUCAAAAAGGGUUCAAACAUGGUUCUGAGCAACAGCAACCAGCUGUAUCUGAAGUCGGUGAGCCAAGCAGAUGCUGGACAGUAUGUAUGUAAAGCCAUCGUCCCACGGAUUGGAGUAGGAGAGACUGAGGUCACGCUCACUGUCAACGGUCCCCCCAUCAUCUCCAGUGAGCCAGUCCAGUAUGCAGUGAAAGGGGAGAGAGGAGAGGUGAAAUGCUACAUAGCCAGUACACCUCCUCCUGAUAAGAUUGUGUGGGCGUGGAAGGAGAACGUGUGGGAGAAGGAGAAGGGGACGCUGCUGGAGCGCUACACGGUGGAGCAGAGCAAACCGUCAGCCGAGGGCGGCGGCGUCCUCUCCACCCUCACCAUCAACAACGUGAUGGAGUCGGACUUCCUGUCCACCUACAACUGCACGGCCUGGAACGCGUUCGGCCCGGGAACCAUGAUCAUCUCAUUGGAGGAGACUGAGGAAGUCCCAGUGGGGAUAAUAGCUGGUGGGACGGUGGGCUCCACCAUCCUCCUAUUCAUCUUUCUGCUGGUCCUCGUUCUGAUCUUCUACCGGCAACGCAAAGGCAGUCGGCGCGGGGUCACGCUGGGUAAGCCCGACAUCAAGGUGGAGACCAUAAACAAGGAGACCCACAGCUUGGAGGAGGACUCCGGCAGCGUGUCCACGGCUUCGCGCAUGGUCAAGGCCAUGUACUCGUUUCUCCCCUCUGUGUCCUUCUCUCCUUCCAAUCAGCCCUUUAAAGAUGACAUAGAGCUCAAGUCUGAUCUCCGCAGCGACACCCUGGACACGCGCCAGGAGUAUGACCUUAAGGACCCCACCAAUGGCUACUACAACGUGCGAGCCUCCACCCACGAUGAAGGCCGCCCUGCCUCCCGCUCCACCUUGCACUACUCUGACUACCGCUCCCCCGCAGGAACACCAGGGGGGGCUGCUUCCAUUAGCAGCAGUGCCGGAGGCUCCGGAGCCACGGCCAGCGGAGGAGCCCCUUGUCCCCCUGGCCCCCUCACGUCCCCCGGCCGCCCCCAGGCCUGCUAUGACCCGCGGCCCCCGUCCAGACUGUCCCACAUCAGCUACGCCCAGUUCAACACCUUCACCCGUGCAGGCCAAAGCCAGCAGCCUCCGCCUAACCCCGCACCCAUGGCCAGCGACUUCCAAGGAGACUGCAGCCUCCUGGACUCCACUUCCCAGCUGGCCUAUGACAACUACGGCUACCCCUCGCAUUACCAGACCUACCGCAUGGGUUUUGCCCCAUCCAGCCUGGCCCCGCUGGAGGCCUGUCCGUCCUACGAAAUGUACGGGGUGGGAUCCGGGGUGGGACCCGGGGUGGGACCCAGUGUGGGAUCCGGGGUCGGGGGCCCCGGGGUCGGCGUGGGUCCCGGGGGUCCUGCUCCCUCGGGAUCAGAGACUGGACUUGGGAAAUACGGCAGCUCCACUCGCUUCUCUUACACCUCGCAACACUCUGACUACUCCCACAGCCGACACACACAGAGGAUGCAGACUCACGUUUGAGACAGAGAGAGAGAGAAAGAGACGCGUAACCACCUCACAGUCUUAUAAAUAGUGUCACAUCGGAGAAAAAAAACACACACACACACACACACACACAAUCAUAGACUCACACGCACACAUUUUCACACAGUACCACAAACACAGACUACAGAACUACCGAAGAAAAAGAAAAUUCACACAGACACACGCACAGAGUCAGAAGACCAUGCCCACGAGACAGGGAGCGUAUGAGAAACAGAGAGAGGGAAAGAGAUGAUGGGAAGAGAGGAGUUUUAGCGAGACAGGGAAGGGAAAUUCCACACAAUUUUGAAUUCCCUCACUCCCGAUGUGUUUGUAUAUAUCUGAGCUCUGAAAGAGCGAACGGCGCAAGUCACAAUCAAGACUGGGAAAGAGAGCGAGAAUCAGAGAGAGGACGCGAGAUCACAGGUCUUUGGAGCCCUAUAGCUUUUUGCUUAUGAACUGACUUUGUAAAUGAUGAGAGAGAACGUCUUUAGGCAAACUAGACUGACUGUCAAAUAUGGUACACGCCGAUGGCGAAAAACCUCAUCCAAUGGAAGUCAUUUCUGGCCGCCAUUUUUUUUAUUUUUUUUUUUUUUGCUGGUUGUCUUAUUCAACAAUCAUUGAGCACAUAUAUAUAUAUAAUAUCCCAGAAUGCCCUUCUGUGCAGUGGUACAUGGCACCAUGCCUGUAAGGCGGCAUUUGGGAGUGUGUUGGGGCUGGGGUGGGGUUGGGGGGUUGUCAUCAUUUUGCACUGCAUCUACAGUAUUCAUGCUUAGACGUCCCUCAAAUAUAUCUGUGUAAUGUCUUCUUUUUAUUUGCACACCACUCUAGAGCUUUGUAUUCUAUUUUUUAACAUUACAGAAUUAUUUUUGUCAAUGUAAAAACAUGUAAUGUGUACGUAUGGACCAAAAGUUUGAACGUGAGCCCACUUAACUUGGGCGUUUGCCUGGGUGAUUCCACUGAGACAGGGGGGAAGAGUUGUGCCAACAGCAGAGCCUGAAUUCAGGACGUUUUUUGUUUUUUUUCUUUUCACAUCAGAAGGGUAUAUCGGUGUAUAAAAGAAACCUAGUGCCAAGUGUUUAUGUUGUUCUUCACCUUAGACCAUGUAUAUGCAGUAGAAGCUCCUUCUAUUGGUGACUGUUGCUUUACAAACCAGGCUUGGGGCCUUGAGUCAUUCCCAGACAUUUUUCGUAGGCUGGAGCCUUUUUUUCUCGGGAGUUCCCAACUACAAGCUUGGUGCAGACGGAGAGAAAAACACAGAGGUUGGGUUUAGAACUGAGUGGCCUUAUAGGGGAACAUGUCGUACAUUUCCAUUUUGAAUCAUUCCUCAUCGUCUGUCUGCCAAAACGGCCGGAGGAGAAUGUGUAUGGAGAG